AUGUCGGCGCUUUCAUCCUUCAUAUCGACUUACAAACCUGGGCGGAAGACAAACCUAAAGGCAGCUCUACGAUCACCAUUUGGCAAGCGACGUUAUGAUCCCACAUCCUCAGCACCCCAUCCUUUCGCUGCUCCAGAUGUUAUUGAUAUCAAUCACAAUGCUCCCUCCGAACGACGGCCGUCCUCAUUAGACUUUUUUGAUCCAAAUAUUCCUUCACCAGAUGCUGAGGGACGGGUAGUUUAUGGCAGGAACGACUCGUUUCCACCUGUGAAACUCGAGCUUGACUUGAGCCCUGAACCACUGGGCGAUUGGUUUUCGGGAUUUCCUCAAACUCCAGAAGCGAGCGCCGGCGGUCUUCAGAACAACGGAGAAGGCUCGAGCGCUGGGAGAACGCAGACUACGGAAAAUGGGACGCUAAAGGAUGGGAUUAAGGAAGAAGACGAGGAUGAAGAGGGGAUGGAGCUGGCGAGUUCAUCAGAGGACGUAAUUGCCAACCUUGAGGCUAUGGACGCCUCGAGUUUUGGAAAGCUCAGCAGAUGGGAGGAAACACAAACAAUAUCGCCGUCCAAGAGGUCACCCCCUACUCCAAUUAAAAUACCCAACCCCGCAGCUUCGCAAGUUGCAAAUCUCCAUGUUUUGCGUUCAAACGACAGCUACUUACAAGGGCAUUCAAGGCCUCUGUCUGAAAUGUCUUCUCCGACUUCGUCUGCCGUAUCAGGGACCACUCUAGCGCGUCAGUUAAUGGGAAAUGGAUUUGUCCUUUCCAAUGAUAACCGAUCUUCACGGUACCGUAGUGGGGCUACUGGCCUCACACGAUCCGAUUCUGCCACCCUCCCUAAGGGGGAACACGCCUUCUUGAGGGACGGCUCAUUUUCGCUGGGCCCGGAUGCCCCCCCAAUUCCUGAAAACGCAGAGUCCUCCUAUGUACCUCCUAAAACACCUCGCAACUCGGAGUCGCGUAGUCAGAAGCGGAAGUUCUAUUUAAAGAGGCGCUCGAGCACAGGAAGCCUCUACUCGAAGGCGAGUCAACCUGAUUAUGAUGCGUUACCGGCCUCUCCUCCUCUUCCCCGCUCCAACAGUGUCGUUUUGAGUCCCGGGUUGGAGAUGGAACUUGGGCUUAUAUACGACAGGUCGCCUAUCCCUGAGUCACCUUUGCUUCCUCCGGCAGACGGAGGAGAACCUCAGGACGAUCAGACUAAGUCGAACUGUCACUCAGUCAAAGUUGAAGAGCCGCAAGUUGUCCGACCGGAUUCAACCAUCAUGUCUCCAGGGAACCACCACCUGUCACCGCCUCUCUCUCCAGAAGGGGGACCACCGUCAUCCAAGCACCUUGAUGAUGUGUUGGACUACUACUCUUUACCAGAAAGCAAGGAAGAAGCCCACGGUUUCAAGCCCGUAUUCACGCCAAUUACAGAGGAAUCUCUCUCCCAGCUCUCGCCUCCCCUCCCCUACCGAAAUGAUAGACGUGAUUCGCAGAGGGGUCCACCACCUGUCGGCGCUCGUAGUCCACUAAACUUUCGUCCUCGAGGUCUUCCUCGACGGCCAUCUGAUCCAUGGCCGACUUUCAGGAGUUCAUCCCUUGGGACUGUCGGUGAGAGGCCACACUCGAUUCAGAUGCCUUCGUCUGGGCCUUCUGUGGGCGACUCCCGUGCCACUGACAAAUCCCAAAACAACACAUCCUCUUCAUCUUCCAUCAUAUCCGAUUUCCGAGCACCUCUCGCACCUCUCUCACCCCUUGCACCACCACCAUUGAGCAAGGUGUUCAAUCGUCAACGGUCUGGUAGCGCACCAGGUCCUAUUAGCGUGGCAAGGGAUCUAAAUCCUUACAAGAUUGCUGUUUCCCUAAGACCUAACAUUCCUGAUGCGUCUCAUAGCGCUGAGGAGCAUGUUAAUGUCCCACAAACAUUUCCAGUGACUCCAGACGGGUUUAGUCCGAUAUGGUCACCUCUUCCAUGCGGUGCUUCUCACGCCCCAAGCAAUACUAACGAGUUGGAGUAUACCCCCGCUCUGAUCGGCAAUACGCCACAAUCAGCCGUCAUUCCUGGGCUAACCAAUGCCGUACCUAAUCUCGCUCAGCAAAUCAUACUGACGCGUGCAGGGAGUAAUGCAAGGCAUUCCAGACAAGCCAGCCUAAGUCGCAGCGGCUCUGAGCUGCACGCAAGAUCUUCCUCUCCACAAUCCCUAGUUGACGAACUCCCUCCAAAGAAUGAGCCCGCCUCACGGAAGGGAAGCGUUGACAGACUUGGUGCGCCAAAGCGCUCCCUUCCUCCGUCGCCAAAUCCCCCAAUCCUCCCAACACUUACUCCAGGGACUGGGAGUUCCGUAUCUCUUACGCCAUCUGAAAAUCAUGUUAGCAGAUCACCCAGCUACACCUCGGCUGCUUCGCAUUCGCGAUCUCAAAUCAACCAUUCACACAGCGCUUCUAGCCUGCAAGAUGACGCGUCAUUCAAAUCAUGGAAGAAAUCUUUGCCCCUAAUCCCUCCAUCUCCAGGACACGCUCCCCCUGUGCCGGAAGAAAAUAUCUUGGAAGAGAACGUUGCCAGCAGUUCUAGAGCCAGAGUACCACCCGCUUUACGUCUUCAUACGCAGCCCACCCCUUCAAAAUCAGAGCUCGCAGAGGUUCUCAGCGACCUCGAAGACGGAUCACCUGAACCUCUAGUAACAAAUUUUCCGCUUGUUGCACCGCCAACACCUCUUCAAUAUCCAGCCAGAAACCCGGCCGGACGAGGCGAAGUCCCUUCACUAGGAGCACCGCCGCCCUAUUAUUCCGUGUAUGAUCAUCGCUCAUAUGAUCCGGCACCGAAUACUGGCAGUUCAGGAGGUGGACGAAAAGAGCUGUCCUUUGGAGGUCGGCCGCCCUCCCUUGGAGCAUCACACAACUCUUGGGCAUCGAGUAACAGCAGCGAUGCGCUCCAUCUUGCACGAGAAUCGUCGAGUGGCAGUCGGAGAACGAGGACGAGGCCACCACUGCCAGCUGGACCUCGUAGACCAAGUCAGACGUCCGGGUUCUCACCAUUCGCAAUGACGUUUGCAGGCAACAGAACUCGUUCGGGCUCGGUAACGUCGAUUGGCAGCAAUAGUGUGUUUUCUGGGGGAAGACGACCUCAGCCAACCCAACGACCUGCAGCACCGGUCUUUUCUCCCAAGUUUCAGACUCCCCCACCUAAAUAUCGGGGUCUUACGAUGGAACAUGCAAAGUGGACAUUCACGUCUGCAGAACUUCAAGCUAUUGUUUCCAAAGCUAUCAAACAAUCUGCAGAAGCAUCAUCUAUUCGACUUCUGCGUGAGGAAAUUCUGGACAAUGAGAUACCAAAGGAGAUGCGUCGUUUGGAGAUUCAUAAAACCGAAGUCAAAAACCAGUACAAGAUUCUGACAAGGCGACGUGCUUCGUUGCUGGAGACUCUUACGGCGUACCUCGGUGGAAGAGACCAGGAUGAUGCCAACUUUGCACUUAGUGUCGUCGAGGAAGUGAAAGACCUUGACGCAACGCUUGAUAAGCUUGCAGAAGAGCUCCACGCAACUGACCAACAGAUGGCCCAGCUGGACUCUCUAUGUCAGACUCACUCCUCUAGCGCCUUGUCCAUGGCUUUGCGGAAGCUCAACUCCAGCUUCUUGAAGCAAGUUGCCGAGAACCAGGUUCUCAAGUCCAAGAUAGAAACCCUUACAGCAGAGAGAGACGAGGCAUGGAAACAGGCCGAAGCUGUUGCCAACGACUUUGACCACCUUAACAAUCAGCCGACUUCUCCGUCCUCGAAACGGUCCAGCAGGGUGUCCGCAGUGAGGAAGUCGAGCAUCCGAGUAUCUAAAGCUGGUCUCCGCUCUUCAAACCAACGGCUAAGCCAGCGUUCGUCGAUUGGUAGUGUUGGUUGGUUGAGUUCAGCACCUUCGACUUCGCGGAGUCCCAUGUAUCGACAAAGCAUACCACCUGUUCCUCCUAUACCCCACCGUCGACCUGCUGGGAUUUUGACUGAUAUACCACUAAUGAGCCCCAUGUCAACGUCAACCGAGGGAAUUACGCCCAACACAGGUACUCGGGCACUAGUUCAAGCCCAGGAUGAUCUCUACCACAUGCUCGGCAUCACAUUUACAGAACGAGGGUUUCGUAGAUCUCGAUCUGCUACUGAUCUACUGGGUGAUUUUGAAUUUGCCGCUUCAGCUCGUCCUCGUUCCCCUCGAAGUCGACCACCUGGGUCUGCUGGCCGGCGUUCUUCUUUCCCUGGAGAGUCAGCUUUGGCAGAAGCGCACAACACACUGAAUGUUGAUCGGAACGCUAUGCUAGCCACGCUGGAGUUGCUAUCAGGACCAUCAUCAUGA